AUGAAUAUAAAACUCCUUGCCAUUAUUUGUUUCUCGUUUCUAGACGAAUUAAAGGGAGAACAAGGAGAGAAUAAUUUGUGCAAAGGAUUUUGUCCAUCAAAUGAAAUUUUCACUCAAUGUAGCCUUGGACAGUUUCAAUCAACAUGUUGGAAUAGUAGAAAAUUGCAAUUCUUUCAUAUAUGCGAGCUUGGAUGCGCCUGUCAAGAAGGUUUUAUUCGUCAUCCUGACACUUACGAAUGCAUUCCCUUCAACGAAUGUCCACCGAAACCUGAUGUCAGCAGUCAUAUUUGUCCGAAAAAUGAGAAGUGGGAUAGAUGUGGAUAUGGAUGUGACCAAACCUGUGGAUUACAUUUUAGAGACUUCACUUGUCGUUCAUGUUUCCCGGGAUGUGUUUGCCAAAAGAAUUAUGUCAGAAGCUCAAUAAACGGCCAAUGUAUCUUAGAUUCGGAAUGUAAAAAUUGUCCUAGAGGAUAUUUUUUGGAUCCGAGAGCUAAACUUUGCAGCUUUUGUAACAACGGAUGUUCAGAAAAUGAAUUUUAUAAUGAGUGUGGAUCAAGGUGCGAGAAAACUUGUGAGAAUCCAUCGGGUGCUGGAGUCGAUUGUGAUACUUGUAAACCUCGUUGUGAAUGUAUUUUUGGUUUAUUACGCGAUUUGAAAACUAAUGAUUGUGUAAAACCUCAAGAAUGUACUUAG